CAGUAGGUGGAGGUGUUCAGCAAAUGAAACGCUGAGGAACCGUUUCCUGUAGGGUGAAAGUGCACUAGCAGUUAGCCUAGUCCCUUAACACACUAUCUUCUACAUUAAAAAUGGAUGUAAACCAAGCCAAACAGGAGCACUUACUUGCUUUAAAAGUGAUGCGGUUAACGAAACCGACACUCUUCACAAACCUGCCAGUGACAUGUGAGGACCGAGAUCUACCGGGUGAUUUGUUCAGUCAACUCAUGAGGGAGGACCCUUCUACCAUAAAAGGAGCAGAGACGCUAAUGCUGGGGGAAAUGCUAACGUUACCACAGAACUUUGGAAACAUCUUCCUCGGGGAGACGUUUUCCAGUUACAUUAGUGUUCACAAUGAUAGCAACCAGGUUGUUAAGGACAUUCUAGUCAAGGCUGAUCUACAGACCAGCUCACAGAGACUCAACCUGUCUGCGUCAAACUCAGCAGUAGCAGAACUUAAACCCGAGUGCUGCAUCGAUGAUGUCAUUCAUCACGAAGUCAAAGAAAUAGGAACACACAUCUUGGUGUGUGCGGUCAGUUACACCACACAGUACGGAGAAAAGCUCUAUUUUCGAAAGUUCUUUAAAUUCCAGGUUUUGAAGCCGCUGGACGUCAAGACAAAGUUCUACAAUGCAGAGAGUGACCUCAGUUCUGUGACAGACGAAGUCUUCCUGGAGGCUCAGAUCCAGAACAUCACCACUUCACCAAUGUUCAUGGAGAAGGUCUCUUUAGAACCGUCCAUGAUGUACAACGUCACAGAGCUCAACACAGUCACACAUGGAGAUCAGGGGGAGUCCACGUUUGGGAAAAUGUCCUACCUACAGCCCAUGGACACUCGGCAGUACCUGUACUGUUUGAAGCCAAAGCCCGAGUACGCAGAGAAGGCCGGAGUCAUCAAAGGUGUGACGGUCAUCGGAAAACUCGACAUUGUAUGGAAGACCAAUCUCGGGGAGAGGGGGAGGCUACAAACCAGUCAGCUCCAAAGAAUGGCACCAGGGUACGGCGACAUCAGGUUGUCUUUGGAGACGAUUCCUGACACGGUCAACCUCGAGGAGCCCUUUGACAUCACCUGUAAAAUCACCAACUGCAGUGAGAGAACCAUGGACCUGGUGUUAGAGAUGUGUAAUACCAGGUCCGUCCACUGGUGUGGUGUCUCUGGACGACAGCUGGGAAAACUCAGCCCUGCAGCCUUCCUCUCUCUGCCCCUCACACUGUUGUCGUCUGUACAGGGUCUUCAGAGUAUUUCUGGACUCAGACUCACCGACACGUUUCUGAAGAGGACAUAUGAAUAUGACGACAUCGCACAAGUGUGUGUGGUCUGCCCCUUCACCAGCAAUGAGUGCUAGACAUUUUAUUGAUUUUUUUAAACUAGACCAACUUUGGAAUUUUUUUCCACGUUGCUGGCAUUUAACUCAUUUUUUUGCAUUCCAAGUGGACACUGCUGUAUUUUAAAAUGAAUUGUUAAUAAUCUAAAUCCCCGUCUUUGAAAAUAAUAAUGUAAAUGUGCAUAUAUGUUAAUAAAAUGUGUAUCGUUUGAUUUAUGAUAUUACUAUGAAACAUUUAACA